CGUUUGGCAACGGCACGCCCACUGGGUCUACGGGUCACGGGCUCUGGCUCUCGGGACCAUUAUAAAUCACAUGACCUUCUCUGUCAACACACAGACGCCAUCACCAAUGCCGAACGCGAGGAGAGCUGAAAUCAAAGCCAGUCCAUGAUGGAUUCCAGGUCUCGCAGACUUCCUUUUUCUAUGUCGGGCUCAAGGUCGUCCUACACGUCCCCCUCAUCCUUCUCCUCAUCCUCCUCUUCCUCGCUGGGCUCCAGUAGGUUAUAUGGUAGGGAGAGGGUGCUGAGUAGUGACUAUUUACCCCAGGCCUCGUCAGCACUCAAACCAGGCCUAGACCACCAGAGUUCUCGUCACCUGAGCUCAGUGAGAGACUACAGUAGCUCUGAUAGCCGCUCCAGCAGCUGGAAGUUGCCGUGUUCUCUGACUCCAUCCUCUACAUCAUAUGACCGCCCCUGGGCUGACUCUUCCCUCAGCAGCAGGAGCAAACUGAGUGAUUCAGAGAGGAGGUUAGGGACACACUCGGGACUGUUGAACAGCAGCGAUGACGGUGACUCAAAAAGGGCCAAGCUGUCAUGCACCAACAGAGGAGUCUACUCAAGGACGGCUUCCACCUCAGUUACAGGAUCCACCUAUUCCAGUAAUGGGCUUGGCAGUGCUACAGGUGCAGGUGAAAAACAAAGUGACUCCUGGUUAGACUCACCCUGGAGCUCAUGUCGCUUACUGUCUCGGUCGUCCUCUUCCUCUUCGACGUCCUCCACCUCCUCCUCCAAGCCGCUGCUAUCUAGGAGGGAGCUGGAGACGAGGCACGAGCCCAGUCUCUCUGGUUUGGGAGAAAGCAGGGUUAGGACUCCUGGACUGGCUUCCUCAUUGUAUCAGCCAGACAGGGUAACCUCCACAUAUGCACAGGGAGCACGACCCAAAGAGACUGUUUACUCUUCUUCCUCCUCCUCCUCCUCUGUUGCUAGAGAAAGCUCCCUAAGUCGACAUUAUUCCCCCUCGUCCCCCUCCUCCUAUCAGUCAUCUCCUCUGGUUCGUGAUUUCAGCAGCAGAACCACAGGCCGCUCCGUCACCAGCUCCUCCAGCCUUCACUCAUCCCAGGAACAGACAGGAAACCCUCAAUCGCCAUCAGUCAUCUCCUCUUCCUGGUACAAAGCUCCCCUGGCCAGACAGGACACCACCUCUCCCCCUUCCCUAAACACCCUUGCACCCCCUGUGCCGAGGCCGGCCCCUGAGGGUGGAGAGUCAGACGGCCGCCGCUCAACUCGGCGCCUUCUGUCCCGCCUCUUCUCACGCCGCUCCAGUCAAGACUCCUCCAGUGGGUCUUCCAGCACUCGCUCCUUUGAAUCCACCGACGAUGGUCCAGCAGGCGGUGGAGAGGCUGUGGAUAGUGAAGAGGGAGCGAGGACCUCCAGCAUUGAGCCUGACAGCAGAGGCUCAGAGACGGCUCAGGCCUUUGCCUUCCUCAGGCGUCGCAGACUCGACCUCUCCCCUGUCCAGGAGAGCUACAACGCGAACCAUCGUGGCGGACCAGCCCAGUCAAGCCUGGAAUCCUGGAGGGAACCUGGCGGAAGCAGUAGUAAUAACGGUAGCAGUGGACGAGGAGGCAGCGGGAGCGGCUCCUCUUGGCUUUCAUCCUCCUUCCGUAACCGCUGUCCUCCCCUCUUCUCACGACACAGAAGAGAGGGAAGGGAUGAGAGUGCACACUCGGCUGCAGGCUUAGAGGACAGCUAUAGCCGUCCCCAGCAUUUACUGAGGAGAUGGGAUGACCCUGACCAUAAAGCUUCGGAGGAAGAUGACGAGAACGAAGAGGAGGAAGAAGAGGAUGACGAGGAAGAGGUAGGAGCAGUUGGUGUGGAGGCGCCUGGCUCUGCUGGUGCAAGCACUGUCAUGGUGCAGCGGAUGCAGGGUCCCCGUGGGCAGCUUGUGUUUACACCUCCCCCAAGAGUCAGAGUGUAUGAAGACAUAUUUGUUGCUGUGGACCCAAUGGAUGGUGUUGAGAGCCAAUCAGAGGCCAAGGAGAAAGACAAACCUGUCCCCUCAAGGGAUCCUGAGAGGCUGCGUAAGAUCCAGGAGAGUCUGCUGCUGGAGGAUUCUGAUGAGGAAGAAGGAGAUCUGUGCCGUAUCUGCCAGAUGGGUGAGGAAUCUGAAUCCAAUCCUCUGAUUGAGCCCUGUCACUGUACAGGCAGCCUGCAGUAUGUCCACCAGGAAUGUAUCAAGAAGUGGCUUCGCUCCAAAAUCAGCUCAGGCACAAACCUUGAGGCUAUCACAACCUGUGAACUCUGUAAGGAGAAGCUGCAUCUGAAUAUAGACAACUUUGACAUUAAUGAAUUAUACAGGACACACGUGCAAUCAGAGUACGAGUUCAUCAGCAGUGGGCUCUAUCUGGUGGUGCUGCUGCAUCUAUGUGAGCAGAGGUUCUCGGAUGUCCUUGGAGCAGCCAAUGAAGCUGGGUUUUUCAACCUGGCGAGAACUCUUCAUGAACACAUGGACAAUCUUCAAAGUCCUGAAGGGGAAACAGACGAGGAGGAGGGGGAGGUGGGGGUGCGAGACAGUAGGCCAUCGAUUGAGUUUUCUGACCUCGAUGAUGAUCUUGAAGAAGAGUAUUGACUAUGAGAAAAUGGAAGCAUAAGGAUAAAAAAAUAAAGUGGGACAGAGGAACAGAAGUUGGCAGGCUACUCAGUGCCAUGUGGUAGCUCACCUCGUUUCCACACAUUUUAAUGUUGUCAUGUUAAAACUGAAUGCUUGGGACAGGGAGAGGCUGUGGUGGGACAUCCUGAAGAAAAUUGUUAACAAAACGCCAAGUGCACAGAAAGAAUCCUGCCUGUUUUUGGUAGGUGGCUUUCAUAGAUAUGCAAAGUUUUGAUGUGAACCGGCGGGGAAAUAUUUUGGUUUCCACCUCUGUAUUUCCCUUCCCCUUUGAGCUUUGAGUGCACUUUAACAAUUAAGAUAUAAAAAAAUGCAAGUCUUUUGAACUGUUAUACCAUGAGUGCUUUAAUGUUUACUGGGCUAUGGCAGAAAUGGCAACAUUGUAAUGUUCUAAUUUUAAGCGGUGGGAUUGAAUGGGCCCACGGUUAUUUGUAUUUUAGCUGUGAUGGAAGAUGGAUGCUAUUAGGGGAGAGGAUAUAAAAAAGUGGCAAACAAUUAUUCCCUUUACAGUCUGGUUUCCUGUGUGAUCUUUCCCCUGGAGUAUUAAGUAUGUGAAGGUACGAGGUGAAAACUGACACCUUUUCACAGGUAAUUUGACCACCCCCCUUUCCCCCUCCAUUUGUAUUGUCUGUGUUGCUGUUGGAGAUGCUGUAUGCAAGAUUCUAGUUUCAUGCUUUAAUUUUUGCAAUAAAGAUUUGAAUGCAAAUGAAAACUGA